AUGCUGCAAUGCGUCUCCCAGCCAGCUCUGGGUCGGCGUGGCGAUGCUCGCGGCGGCCGGGGAGCGGUCGCCAUGGAAACAGCUAAUCAGACCUGUCAGAGGAUCCUCCAGUAUGAGAGUGACGUCCUUCAGACAGUAGUCCUGGUAAACCCCUCAGAGGAGGCCGCUUCCUCCGAGGGAGACGGGGGCUGGAGCUCCCUGGGUCAAAGCCUGGAGCAGCAGCCACUCAAAAGCCUUCUCGAUUACCGCCUGAACCCCGAGCCCCGGCUGCCCGCCAUGGACGGAGUCACCGAGUUCACGGAGUACAUCUCGGAGACGGUGGAUGUGCCGUCACCCUUUGAGCUGCUGGAGCCGCCGACCUCCGGGGGGUUCCUGAAGCUGUCCAAGCCCUGCUGCUACAUCUUCCCUGGAGGCCGGGGGGACUCGGCUCUGUUCGCCGUCAAUGGCUUCAACAUCCUGGUGGACGGGGGAUCCGAGAGGAAGUCCUGCUUCUGGAAGCUGGUCAGACACCUGGACAGGAUCGACUCGGUCCUGCUUACGCACAUCGGGGCGGACAAUCUCCCGGGCAUCAACGGGCUGUUCCAGAGGAAGAUCGCCGAGCUGGAGGAAGAGCAGAAUCAGGGCUCUGGAUCCAGCAGCAACGGAGACUGGAUGAAGAACCUGAUCUCCCCUGAGCUUGGAAUUGUGUUUUUCAACGUCCCGGAGAAACUCAGGAUGCCCGAGUCUACGCUGAAGGUGAAGCGGAGCAUCGAAGAAGCAUCACUGACGUUGCAGUACCUCAACAAGCUUGGCAUAACACCGGAGCCUCUGCACAGGGUGGUCAGCAACACCAUCGAGCCCAUCACGCUGUUCCACAAACUCGGAGUGGGAAAGCUAGACAUGUACGUCUUAAACCCGGUAAAGGAGAGCAAAGAGAUGCAGUUCCUGAUGCAGAAGUGGGCCGGAAACAGCAAGGCUAAGACAGGGAUUACGAUGGCGAACGGCAAAGAAGGAGAAAUAUCCGUCCCCUAUUUGACAUCAGUCACUGCCCUGAUUGUUUGGAUUCCACACCGCCCCACAGAAAAGAUCGUCCGAGUGCUGUUCCCAGGAAACGCACCACAAAACAAAAUCUUUGAGGGCCUGGAGAAACUGAAACACCUGGACUUCCUGCGAUACCCAGUGGCCACUCAGAAAGACAUAUCAUCUGGGGCUCCGCCUCCCGUCAUCAAGCAAACCAAAAUGAGGUCGCGAACGGACAGCAAAGAGAGUCUCAAAUCUUCUCCCAAACCUCACGCGAAAGCACCCAAGAAAGAAGUCGGUGGGCAGGAGGAAGAGUCAAAGAGCGACACCACUAAAGAAAACAAAGCUGAGAAAAAGGAAGAGAAGAAACCCAAAAGUCAAAGCUCAAAGGCCACCAAACAGCAGAAAAACAGUGAAGCGGCUCCUGGCGCAGACAAGAAAGAGAAAAAGAAAGUUUCCAAGGAAAAAACCCCCAAGCAAGACAAAGCAUUGAAGAUGGAUGAAAAGAAAGACAAAGAGAAAAAAGAGAUUAAAAAAGAGAAAGUAAAGAAGGACGAGAACAUAAGGAAAGAAGAGAAAAAAGAGAGUAAGGCCAAGGAGGACAAAAAGAAAGACCCAAGUAAACCCGAGCUGAGAAAAAUCACCAAACCCGACCUGAAGCCUCUCACCCCAGAAGUAAGAAAGACCCUUCACAAAGCCAAGGCUCAGGCUAAGCCCAAGUCUGACAAGAAUAAAGCUGUUAAGGAGGAAGCAGCUGAGAAGAAAAUAGUUCCAAGGAACAUACCCGAAGAGGUUGCUGCCGCAGCUCUGGCUGACAGGUCCAUCGUGUCCUCGCCUGAGGACCUCACCGAGGACUUUGAGGCUCUGAGGCAAGAGGAGACGCCCAAACCAAAGCCUGAGCUUAUCCAGAAUAAUCUGAAGUCUGGGCUUCCUGUCCACGCUGAUGCCACUUCCUCUGUUUCACCCGACCAGAAGGCACCUGAGGUCAAAUCUGCUGCCAAGCCGCAAGACGAGGACAAAGACAAAGGUGUAUCUCAACAGGUAGGACCUGCUCAAAUAAAGGUUGGACCUGUUGGAUAUGAUAGGAAGUAUGAGGAGGAGAAAAUGGAGAAAUAUGACUCGGUAAAAGACAGAUCCAAGAAGAGCGAGAGCUCAGAGGAGGAGGGAGAUGUGAUCGAAAAAGCCGAACUUGAAGGAACCGAGGACGACGAGGUCCUGAAAUACAAGAUAGAGGAGGUGAAGAGAGAAAAGGCUGUAAAGGAGUGGGACGCCAAGCCAGCUGAGCAAAAACCCGCGACUGGUGGAGCUCCAGUGACAGCUUCUGUCUCAGAGCAGUUCUCCUUUAUCCAAGAUGAGACCAUUCCCGGGUACUCCGAGACCGAGCAGACGAUCUCCGACGAGGAGAUCCACGAGGACACGGAGGACAGGAUCCCACAGCUGCGCUAUGAUGUCGGCUCCUAUGAAGUCUCGGUUCCCGACAUCCCGGGAACUUUCGACUCCAUGCACGGGAUCAAAGAGAUGAGGAGCUCUUUGGCGUCCGACGUGAAGCCCAAAGCCUUCGCUACAGGCCAGGAGGCGGAGCUUGCGCCUUACCCAGCUGUGAUUGCGGCUCCUCUGGCCGAAGAGGAGCACAUCUCCUCUGCGACAUCCAUCACGGAUUACGACAAACUCUCAUCCUUUGCGACGUCUGUGGCUGAAGACCAGUCGAUCACCUCAGUGACGGCGCCUCAGACGGAGGACGUUGGGAGGAACUCCCUCCUGCUGGACGCCAUGAACAACGUCCCCCCCGCCGUCCAAGGGAAAGACUAUCCCCACUCGGCAGGAACCAUCUCGCCCACAUCUUCUCUCGAGGAUGACAAGUGCUUUAAGUCUCCUUCAUCUGAUGAGUACCAGCCCCACAUUCCAGAGAUGGAGGGUGACGCAAAGAUCCAGUUGAUUCAUGAAGAAGAAGAUGACGAAGAGGAAGAGGAUGAAGACCAGACCCCGAACGUCGAUAUCCCUCUGGGUAAACUUCAAGAGGGUUACGAGCAUGCAGCCUCCGUCAUGCUCAGAGAAAAAGGGAAAUCUCCACCUCCCGUCCUUCCCACACAAUCUGUGAAAGAAAACCAGGCUCUCUUCAGACCAGAGGGAUUUAAAACCAGUGAAAUAAAGCCCGUCUCACCCCCUCCGUCCUUCUCCCCUGGUUUGGAGUCCCACUCCAGGCAGGAGAGUGAGGAACGAUGCGUAAGUCCUGAUGAUAGCACCAUGAAACUGGCUUCACCCACGCAGUCUGUGCCCACAAGCAGCGGCCAUUCUCCGACAGAGGAGAAAGCCUUUAAGACAGGAGAGAAAGAUGAAAUGCUGACCAAUGUGAAAUCUGACAUCCUGAAAACAGAUAAAUCUGUCACCAUCUCUGACAACACCUCAUUUAUCGCACUGCCGGCCGACAAAACCGCCUUUGAGGCUUCUGAGGAAUCUGAGGAAGAGAACGAGGAUGAAGACGACUUUUACACCAAAAAGGAUUUACAGCCCGCCGUCAAGGCCAAACUCAUGGAGGCAAAAGAGGGUUGCUUCUUGGAUGAUGACUUUGCAUUUGAGUCAAAGUCUCCAAAGAUAGAAACAGAAAUCAAGAGCACAGAAAAGACGCAGGUGUCCUUUAGUGCUCCAGAGAAACCAAAACCUCAAGUGAUGUACUCAGAUGAAGAGGAAGAUGAAGAUGAAAAUGACGAGGAUUUUCCAAGUGGAGUAGGAGCCAAGCCCUCCGCAACCAGUCAAGACAAAGAUGAAUCUAAAAAUAUCAGCGUUGAAAAAACAGACAUCACUGACAAGGAUUCAGAUAAAAGUGUCCAUUUCAGUCUUUAUGAAUAUCCAGAAAAAGAGAGCAAGGAAAAGGCCCCAUAUACAAGACAAGACACCCCCUAUGUUCAUGGAAAAACGUUCUCUUACGGCGACAUUUACGACAGCAAAACGAGCUCAGAGGACUCCGAUCUGUGUCGUCAGGAGUCUGAAGAUAAAGCAGAAAAAGACUCUGAAAAGGGUGACCUGGACUCUGAGAAACGCCAGCCUCCGGCAGCGGUCGCUUUCAUGGAUCAGAAGUCAGAGAAGGAAGGAUUCACCGUCUCCUUCGAAAAAGAAUCCUUCACCUCCUCGUGGGCUGACUCUAAGACGUCCGGAGCCACAGAUCCAUUUGAGAAAGAGUCCAAAGAAAAGGAUUCAGGCUUCCAAUACAGCCCCAGCAGCCGUUUCCCCUCAGUGGCGGACAGACCAGAAGCCUCCACCACCUCUCUGUCAUCGGAAAAAGACAAAACGGGGUCGGUGGUGUUCCCGUCGCCAACACCCGACAAAGCCGCCUCCUCUGGCUACGGCGAGAAGGCGUCGUGUCUGGAGAUCGACAUGCGAAAAUUCACCGCCAAGGACGAAGAGGAUUAUGACGACGAUGAGGUCAUCGACGAGGACGACGAGGAAGAGGAGGAGGAAGACGAGGAGGACGGGGAGGAAAGCGGUGUCGAUUGUCAGAUGGAGAAAGGAGCCAAAGAGAAGUCGGAGAAAGAGGUCGGAAGCCCGAUCUCAGACAUGUUUGGCUCCAAUAGGCCUGAGUUUAUGGUGUCCAUGGCUGGAUAUGGAUACAACAGUCAGGGGAAGCCGAGCACGACGGGAAGCAGCCCGAGCUCACUCUGCAAAGAUGAAACCAAGACUGUGAGUGGAAAGCCAGUUGACUUGGGGGCCGCCGGGUUUUCCGGUUUUUCCACAGGGUUUGGAUAUUCCUACGGCACCGAGAGCAAAGAGCCCUGUUUACCAGACAAAGGAAGAGAGGAUUUCACUUCAAAACCAAAAGAGGAAAGUUAUUACCAGAGUGACAAAGCCGGUUCUGAGUUUGAAAAACAGAAGACUCCAGAUCCACUGAGCAAGAGUUCACUGGACACAAGUUUCCAGUACACGACCACCGCUGCCCCUGGAUACUCCUCGUCUUCGGCCUACAGCUACUCCUCCUCCACCUCGGGCUCUCUCUCCACCAGCCGUCAGUUCGGGGAGGAGUUGGAAACUCCUGCCUCAGCAGAGCCGCUCUUUGAGUACUCAUCCUUCAAAGACGAACCCUCUCCAGUCACCGACUCUCUCUUCUCCAGCUCAGCCGGGGCCAAAGACGACUACCUGGAAGUUUCCGACAAGCAAACCACCUCGACAGCCAAAGCCGAGCCUGCCUCCGGUGUAGCUCGCUUCUCGCCCAUGAGCCCAUUUGAGGAGGUCAAGUCCUUCCCCUCCCUGUCCCCAACAACUAUCGUCCAAGACAAGAAGCAGCAUGAGACUCCAUUUGUUACCGAUAAAGGCCUUCAGCCUGACUGCUUCUACAAACCCGAGUGGUCUGAAGGGUCGAAGCUGGACACAGCUGCUGCUUUCGGGGCCUCAGCCAGUCCUUUCUCCCAACUAUCGGACUUCUCCACAAGCAAAGAGGCAGCCAGCGCCGCCCUGUUCGGCGUCACUUCCUCCCCUCGGCCGGACAUCGAAGGCAAACACUACUUUGAGGAGACGGACAGCAGCGAGGAGGAGGACGAGGAGGCCUACAUCCGAGAAAUCACCAGGAGGUCUCCCUCUGGAGGCUUUGCUGGCGGCCUCCCCUUUCCCGAGAAGCCAGCUGCUCCACCUGCAGGCGAGAAGGCGAGCGGCGCCCUCCCAGAUGUUCUCGGCUCCUACAUGUCUUCACCUCUUCAACCCGGCAAGCCGGACGCAGCCAACGGCCCCACGGAGGUCAGCGGCGGCGCCACGCUUCCCUCCGGGGUCGUAGCCUCUGCUAAGCCGGAGUCCCGAGAGGGGCCGGCCAGUUACGUCCGGAGCUCCUACGAGUGGGAGAUGCCGAAGCCCCAGAUGGGAAUGGUUCCCGGAGACUCGCCUCCACACUACCGGCACGACGACGAGUUCGAGGAGGAGUGCGAGGUGGAGCCGGAGCACCCGGCCCGGCCACUGUCGCUGUCCUCCACCGAUCGGCCAUUCCGCUCGCCCUUCUACGCGGACGAGUGCAGCCGCGGUGGUCAGGACGACGACGACGAGGAUGAGGACGAGGAUGAUAGCGACCAGGAGGCGGCCAUGGGGGCCACCUCCUCCUACGCCAGCCGCACCUCGCCGGGAUACUCGUCCUCCGAGGGGAGGCAACGCAAACAGGACCUCUCACCCUCCUUCAUCAACCCCUGCAUGGGGCAGCAGUCCAGCGAGGACGAGGACGAGGACGACCGCUCGCAAGAGGGGGACGAGCACGACCUGUCGGUGAAGAGGAGGGCUCACAAACAGCCCCACCUGCCCCCCCACAGCAGGGGGGUCGGGGGGACGUCCGCCAUGCUGGGGCUGGCCACCGAGGACACCCCGCCCACCUCGGUCAGCGAGUCUCUGGCCUCCCAGUCCGACUCGGACGCCCCUCCGGGCACCGAGGAGUUCCCGUCCGCCGCCGUUGCCCCCGGCGACUCGGACGAGGACGGCGACUUCCUGCCGGUGGAUAAGUCUGCCGCCGGCCACCGAUCCGCCUCCAGGAGCCAGGACCCGCCUCCCGCCCCCCUCGUGGACCCCCUCCCCCACCCCCCCCACCCGGACGUCUGCAUGGUGGACCCCGACUCCGUGGAGAACGGCUCCGUCAAGAAAGAACCCAAAGCCAAAACCCUGAAGAAGAGCUCCGGGAAGACCAAGUCGUCGUCCCCGGCCCGGCGCAAGAGGUCGCCCAUGCCGGUGCGCCAGACGCCGUCGCCUCGCAGCGCCGCGCUGAAGAAGAAGGAGGCCGACAAGAGCUCCAGGAUGUCCCGGCUGUCAGACGGACAGGGCUCCAAGGACGACGACCUCUCCAGGUCGAGCUACAACCCCGGCAAAGGGCUGACCAACGGGGUGAAGAGCAGCUCAGGUGAGCAGACGCACUGA